AUGGCGGUUAUCCGGUAUUACAGCGCACAACGAGGCCUAUCGCAGGCGGCUAUCAACAUCACCCUCCGGUCUCUCUCAAACAACGUCAAUCACAACUCGGUCUGGCGGACCUACGUACGCUGGUGCCCACAACGGGACAUUGAUCCCGUUCGCGCCGGCCAUUCAAUGGUUCUAAACUUCAUCACCGACGUUCAUUCCGAGAAGCGGCUCGCCAUCCGAACACUGCAAGGUUACCGCACGGCGAUCGCGAAUACACUGCAACACAUUACCGGCGACGACGCGCUCAUUAGCACCGCGCCCGAUAUACAACGAUUCUUCAAAGGCCUUGCACGCUCGAUCAAGCCCACGGAAAAGGCGUACAAAACCAUUUGGGAUCCAGCAACGCUAUGGAGACACAUCGCCCGCCGACCACGACUAGCCACGCUCGAAUGGCUUUCUUCGCAACUCGCCGUCGUCAUUAUGCUCACCAUGAAGUGUCGCCCCAAUCACCUUGCGACCCUCAUCCAUGCGCGCACCACCGGCAACUACCGCGUUAUCAACGACCCCCGCAUCAAACACACGCCAAAUCUCGACGUAGCUGAGCUCUACGACGCCCUCAUCGCCAUCCAGGGUACUCGCCGCGAUGGCAUCCAGGAGGUUUUCAUCAACCGACAGCACAACUCGCCAAUGGCAGCCGGAAGCAUCAGCCACCUCGUCAACGCCGUCCUCAGAGCCGCCGGCAUCGACGACGAAUUUACCCCGAAAUCCAUCACCCACGCCGUCACGACCGCGCAAACUCGCAGUGGACUCAGCGAGGAAACGAUCAAGAAGGGGCGUUGGGUACCCAAUUCCAGGGUUUUCCAAACGCAUUACACCAUCGGCAUCGACGAUAUUUACGCCGAGGCGUCCUCCUCCGAUAAUGAGCGCACCUACGACGAAUUCCUACGCGAUAUGGCGGCAAAUACGGCUUUAUCGACAAAUAAGCAACCUCCGAACGGAGUCCAUUCUGCUCUGGACGAGGAACGUAGUCCUCUAGAGUGUAUGGACGAGGAGGAGUCAUCUGUUCGGAUCAACACGCUGAUCCUAGCCAUUCAUUUCCUGGGUUUGAGCCAACGUCGCAUGGGGAAAUUCACCGAUGAACGCAAGCGGGAGCUGUGGGGGCAGUUUCUCAAUGUGAAUCAUCGAAAGAAGCUUGGUCUUAAAUUUGAUGGACCAAUCAGCACAAACGGGUAUUCCGCUACCAUCCACUUCAAGAAGCCAGGGUUCAAGUAUGGGCAUUGGGCCUGGAAGCGCAGCAAGGCCCAAAUGCGGGAAGAAGUCAAGCAGCUGUAUCUUGAGCACCACAUCGCCGAACUACGGGAGGCUCCAAACAUCGUCAGCAUUGAUCCGGGCAAGCGUGACCUCUUGUUCUGUCGAGACAUCAAGAAGGAGCGGCCAUUUAGAUACACAUCCAAUCAACGGGCCGUCGAGACAAGGUCUCGGUACUUUCGAAGAGACAUGACAGAGCGAAAGAUCAAUGCCGGCAUCGCUGAGAUGGAAUCACAUAUUCCGUCACACAAGAGCAUGAACAUCGAAGCGUUCUCAGCGUUCAUCGUGGAUUACGAACAUGCGGAUCUCGCCCUGGACGAGUUUUACUAG